UGAGUACGAUGAAUAAAUCAGUCAUAUGUUUAUAUAUGGUGAUCGAUGUGCCAUGACUGCCAUAUAUGUAAAUUUAUCUAAGUUUUGACACUGGUAUUCCAACAACCAUCACUUUAUACCACCACAUGAUUCUUACCAUCUGUCAAGUUUUAAUCAAAAUAUUGGUGAUGUUCCCCACCCAUCGCUACUUGAGAACUAGUCAUGAAACCAUAUACAAUUUGCAUAAGCUUGCCCAGAAGACCACACCCUCAUCAAAAUAUGGUAUCGAGUAGGUCAGUCACAAAAUGUAUACCUCAGUUUUCCUCUGUGUGGUACUGUAGGUCAACAACAACUUGGACGAAACAGGAUGGAUUGUAUGAUUUUGCCAUAGUUGGAGGUGGUAUUGUUGGUCUAGCAACCGCUCGGGAACUCAUCUUGCGUUACCCGGACAUGAAGUUUGUUUUGCUUGAGAAAGAAUCUUGUUUGGCCAUGCAUCAGUCCUCCCACAACAGUGGUGUCAUACACUCUGGGAUUUACUACACACCAGGAACCUUGAAGGCAAAACUCUGUGUAAAAGGACUUGAUAUGACAUAUUCAUAUUGCAAAAGCAAGGGAAUUCCUUUCAAAAAAUGUGGAAAGCUUAUUGUAGCAGUUAAUGAUGGUGAGAUUUCUAGAUUGCAUAAUCUGUUUGAAAGAGGAAAAGAAAAUGGUGCAAAAGAUCUAAAGUUGUUGAGUAAACAUGAAAUAAAAACCAUUGAACCAAACUGUGAGGGUGUGCUUGCAAUCCACUCUCCCCAUACUGGUAUUGUUGAUUGGGGUGAGGUUGCUAGAUCCUAUGGUAAAGAGUUUCAGAAUAAUGGUGGUGAAGUAAUACUGAACUUUGAGGUUGCAAAAUUCACGGGUAAUGGACAUCAACAAUAUCCUGUUAAAAUUACUGGAAAACAAGGGGAUGAAGUCUUUAGUCGUUACGCUGUGACCUGCGGUGGUCUUUACUCUGAUCGACUUGCAAAACUCUCUGGUUGUAACCGAGAACCCCGUGUCGUGCCAUUCCGAGGAGAAUACCUCAAACUUUCACCAGAGAAUGGAAAGCAUUUAGUCCGUGGUAAUAUAUACCCAGUCCCUGAUCCAACGUUGCCAUUUCUUGGUGUUCAUUUCACCCCACGUAUGGAUGGCAGCGUCCUCUUGGGACCCAACGCGGUGCUAGCGUUCGCCAGGGAAGGAUACAGGAUUAGUGAUGUGAAUAUCAGAGAUCUUAUGGAGAGCGUAACUUUUAGGGGAUUACGAAGACUUGCGAUGAAGCACUGGAAGUUUGGUGCGAGCGAGUUUUACCACGGUUUAAACAGGAGGGCACAAGUAGAACGGUUGCAGAAAUAUGUUCCAAGUUUAAGACAUGAAGAUGUAACAAGAGGUCCAACAGGUGUCCGGGCUCAGGCUUUGGACGUGGACGGCAAUCUCGUUGAAGACUUCAUACUGGAUCAAGGUGAAGGAGAAUUGAGCAAGCGUUUACUUCAUGUAAGAAAUGCUCCGUCGCCCGCAGCCACGUCGUCGCUUCCGAUUGCGGAGAUGAUCGCGGAUCAAGUGGAAGCACGUUUUAAUUUAACAAAGCAAAAUUGAGAUUACAAGCAGAGGAUCCCUGGAAACGAAUAGGACUGGUUGGGGUUUAGUGAUUUUCAAAUUGGCAAAAACGAUAAUUAGGUGUAACGUUGAUAAACAUGUGGAACUAAUUAAUCUCGGUGCUAAUGCAAUUAAUCAGAUCUUAUAGCCUAACUAGCAAUGGCUAAUCAAACAUAAUUUUCUUGUGUGCAUAGAAUUAGCAUGGUUGAA